AUGUCGGCACCGUCGUGGUCUUGGGGAAUGGAUAAUGAACAACCCCACCAAGAGUUAGUUAAGUGUGUGGUGGUGGGCGACACAGCCGUCGGCAAAACUCGGCUGAUCUGCGCACGCGCGUGUAACAAACAAGUCUCAUUGGCUCAACUGCUAGCCACUCACGUACCCACAGUAUGGGCCAUCGACCAAUACCGCAUCUACAAGGACGUCUUGGAGAGAUCAUGGGAGAUCGUGGACAGCGUCAACGUCAGUCUGAGGUUGUGGGACACCUUCGGAGAUCACGAAAAAGACCGAAGGUUUGCUUACGGGAGGUCAGAUGUGGUGUUGCUAUGCUUCAGCAUCAACAACCCAGUCUCCCUACGCAACUGCCGGUUGAUGUGGUAUCCGGAAAUUCGUCGUUUUUGCCCCAGCACCCCCGUCAUUCUGGUCGGCUGCAAGAGCGACUUACGGUACAUGUACCGCGACGAAGCGUACCUCAGCUACUUUCGAGACCGCAGUCCCUUCGUACGGGCCACCAGAAAGAGCGACCUGGUGAUGCCGGACGAGGCUCGAGACGUCGCCCGAGAGCUCGGUCUCUACUAUUACGAAACUUCGGUACUUACUUAUUACGGAGUUAACGAAGUGUUCGAGAACGCCAUUCGGGCGGCGCUCAUCGCUAGAAGAGCACAACGUUUUUGGAUGACGAAUCUCAAGAAGGUUCAGCGGCCAUUGUUGCAGGCACCAUUCAAACCACCUCCUCCUCUAAAACCAGAAAUCCAUAUAUGUUCAAGUUCCUACGGUGAGCACCUGCAUCAUCUUUGGUUAAGCAGGGCUCACACGGACGUCGUAUUGGUCGUAGGCUCCAUGGGAUUUCCAGCACAUCGAUUUAUACUGGCAGCUUGCAGCAGAGCUUUUUACAGACUUCUAACCGCUGACUUGCUGGCCCGCAGUACCAGUGACUCUAGCAUGGUCAGCUCAUUGGGAGACUUCGCCGACGAAACAGAAUGCUUGGUUCGAGCGGAACAGAAAACAUGCAAGCGAAGGGCCAGUUGCCAAGCAUUGCCCACUGCCAGAGAGCUGGAUCAUCCGGCUUUCCAGUGCAUCAGAAACGUUCAGCCGGAAGGACAGACUGUGGUCACGUUGAGCAAGCUGGUAACACCGGAUGCCAUGCAACAAUGUCUUCAAUUCGCUUACACUGGUACGGUGGAUCGCAGUGCUCUGAAUCUACGGGAAACCCGAGAAGCUGCCGAAUUUUUAGAACUGCCUCAGUUGUUAGUUUUGCUUACUAAGCACCCAUUGUCGCCCCCGAUCCCCCAGACGAGUCCUAUGAAAACUUCUUGAAGAGGAGAUUGCAGGACAUCUGCUUGGAUCAGGCGCUCUUCGCCGAUGUCAUCUUCGAGCUCGACGACGGUGCCUGUACGGCACACAAAGCGAUGCUGGCCGCCCGAUGUGAUGUCAUGAAAGCGAUGUUUCGAGGAGAUUUUCGUGAGAGCCAAGCCAAAGUGAUUGAAUUUCCGGGAGUAAGGGAAUAUACUUUUCACAAAUUACUUUGUUUUCUUUACACGGAUGAGGUGCCAGAAGUGUCGGCAGUUCGCUGUGUCAAUCUACUGGAGCUCGCGAAUAGGUUGUGCCUACCCAGGCUUGUCAACUUGGUGGAAAAGCGAGUUAUUGAAGAUUUGGAAACUUUGCAACCGUCUGAAGCCAUUGAACAGUGUUUAAGACUGCUAGAACCCGUUAAGUUACACAACGGCCACCAGCUUGCAGACUGGUGCAUGAACCAUCUCUGCAUCAACUACAACAAACUGUGCAGGAUGUCUCCUCGCAGUCUACGCUUGUUGCAUCCGGACAACCAGGCCUAUCUGGUGGAGCAUCGCUGGCCGCCUGUGUGGUACCUAAAGGACUACGAUUAUUAUCAAAAAUGUCUGGUUGAACGCGACAAAGAGUUAAAGCCGGCCAACAACACGGGGUCUAGCUGUCUCUGUUUCUCUCGCAAAUCAGAGUCCGACCCGGCACUGUCCUCAAGCCAACUCUGA